AUGGACCCCACACGAAUCAGAAGAUGGCCCAGCGAGUACACCAUCGGAAUCCUUCUUCUAGUCACGGUCGUUUGCCUGUGGACAAUCGGGAGCUUCGUCGCACAGGAAGCAUUUGACACUGGAUUUCGCAAACCAUUCUGGAUAACUUAUCUGAACUCGUCCACAUUCAUACUCUAUCUAAUACCGUGUGCAAUCAAGCAUGUCAUGAAGAAGUAUGGCAUCCGCGCGUGGGGUAGCAAGCCGGACUCUCAUGGACACUAUCAAUCGCUUCCUAUGGAUGGCAAAGAUGAAUUCGUGUCACCAGACACUCAGCCCUUCACCACGAAGGAGACGUUCAGACUCGCGCUUAGUUUCGCCUUUCCGUAUUUCGCGCUGAACUGGGCCAUAGUCGUCUCGCUGAGUCUCACCAGCGUUACCAGCUCUACAAUCCUCGGUAGUACUGUCGGCAUUUUUACGCUACUGCUUGCGCGACUGUUCCGCAUAGAAGCUUUGACUCCAACCAAGUUCCUCGCUGUCGCCACAAGCUUCAUUGGUGUCAUCCUGGUGUCCAUUUCCGACAGCUCGCCCGGCAGCACCGAAGUUGGUGCGUCCUCCAGCACAGACGCACACACAGACCCCGCACCCAUCCUGGGCGACCUCCUCGCGCUGGUUGGCGCGGCGAUUGGUGCGCUGUACCUCGUGCUCUUCAAGCGGCGCGUGCGCGACGAGUCGCGCGUCAACACGCGGCUCAUGUUCGGCUUCAUUGGUGCUCUCAUCAGCGUGAGCAUGCUCCCUGUCGGGCUCCUGCUGCAUCUCCUUCACGUCGAGCGGUUCGCGCUCCCCAGCGGAGGGUCAGUGGUCUUCGCACUCCUCACUUCGAUGUUGGUCACUGUUAUUGGCGACAUGCUCUACUUCAUGGCAAUGAUGAAGACCACGCCGGUUGUGGCGAGUGUUGGGCAGUCGCUCAUCAUGCCGUUUGCCAUCGCUGGCGAUUUCUUCCUGCAUGGGUCGGCAAGCAUUCUGGCCAUCUUGGGCUGCGUCGUUGUGUUGGCCAGCUUCGGCGUACUCGGUCUGGACUCACGCAAGGAGGUACAACGAGAGAAAGGUUCGGAAUCCAUAGAACCCAUCGAAGACGGGGCCAUGGAAACGGGCUGCCGCACUACGAAUUGA